CGGGGACUAGAACAAAAAUGUUCUUAGGGUCCAAUUCCACUCGUAUAAAGCUCACUACAGGCCAGGUUGGCUUGUGCACUGUGGCCAGGUGGCAGACACCAGCAGGUGGGGUCCUUCGCGGGUGGGGUCCAGCAGCAGCUACAUGCUGCGCUCCCCAUUUGUGCCCUUCCUGCAUGUGUGAUAUGCUGACUAGUUUACCGGGAAUCAAAGCACCCCAGCCUCUCACAUCCUUUGUGAAGCUGCUUCCGUCAUCGUCACCCUCACAGCCUUGGCCCUUGUUGUCUCCCACCCUCUCGGGCCCUCCAAGGCCCUGUUCUCAGAGAAGAGUCUCUGGUCCAUCCAGGGCACCCCUUCUCGCCACAAUAUUCCCUUCUUACAUUAUGUUUCUGUCAGAAACGAUCUCGUUGACCUGUUUGUUUUGGUGUUUGCUGCUUGGCUCCCCUACUCCCUCUUCAUGUCCCCUAGCCUAGAAGGCACAGGCGUGGGUGUCACAGGGACCUGCAUGGGGAUGGGCAAUAUCAGCCUCCCAAGAUCAGGAUGGCCUGGAGAAGGGCUAAGAGUAGGGGCUUUGGGACCCAACUCUGCCAUUUGCCAGCUGUGUGGUCGUGUGCAAGUCACUCACCCUCUCCGUGCCCCACCAAGCUCAACUGUGAAAAAAGAGUCCUCUUUGUGCCCCCUCUCAGGAUGGACAAGUUUUAGGAAAAGUGCUCACGAGGGCUUGGAAUGGGAGGUGUUAUUCUGGAGGCCCAUUUCUGAGGCCCUGUCAUCCCUGCCUGCCUACUCUUGGUGACUGGUUCAGCUGGGGGUGGCAGCACCAGGCUCCCUUUCUUGGACCAUCAGACUCCGUGCUGCACCCUGCCUCUUGGGCCCAUCUACAGGAGCCUAGGUCAGGAGAGGUCUGGUGGGGUGUAGCCCACUUUCCACCCCUGAACCCUCCCAACCCUCUCUAGAGGCCCAAGGCCCAUACUCCUUGGGGUUCCUGCCACCAAGAGCCCUCAAUGACCCCACUUGUCCCUUGAGCUCCACUGGCAGGUUCAGCAGUGCUGCCAGGGAAGGGGCCAGUGAGCCUUUUGAGGCCAGAGGAGAGAGGUACAAGCCUUGCUUCCCUAUUCCACCCCCAGUCAGCAGCAGCCCACCUCCAAAGGACCUCUAGGAACAUUCUGGAAUGGUAAUUUCCCACUUACCACUCUGCAACGCUUUAUUUUCCACACAGGUAACAGGGUAAAGCCCUAAGACCCGGAAGGGCAUCGGUUGAUGGGGGGAUGGAAGAUGGAGUUGCUAGCAAAGGGCCUGAGGUUUUGCAGCGGGUGGGGCUGCUUUAAGAGGAAAGAUCAGCCUGGGCCAAGAGAUGAAGUGCACAGUGGCCUUCAGCUUGGGAAAAGGAGGCCCGUGCAGGACGGAUUGCAGGUCAGCAUUCUCUGGCCAGCAUCUGACCUGAUCAGGAUGGCCUCCCUCACAAAGCUGGAGGCUCCUCAAAUGCCAUCUAUUUGUGUCCUGGACCCUGACCACUGGCAGGAGACAUGUGACCACAGGGAUGGGGUAUUUUUGGCAGUGGGGGUGGGGCCUGCGUGGUGAGCCCAGCACCAUGCUGCUCUGGGACAAGCGGCUCGGACGCCCAGCUCUGUUGCCCUGGCUGGCCACAGGGUCCCAGUGGAAGCCCAGAAGCCUGUCCCAGCCAAGGCUGGUGGAAGGUCAUCACCAAAGGCUGGUCACCUGCUGAACGCUGCUCCUCCUCCAUGGCCUGCUGCCACCUGAGGCGUGCUGGGACAGACCAGGGCUGACCAUCACCCAGUGAGUGACCCUUGAAAUGGGCUUUGCUGUAUAAAGUUUACCUUGGUGCCUGCAAUUCUGGAGGAAGGUUGGAGAAGGCGGAGCUGACCCAGUGGAACAGAAAAGGCUGAAAGAUGUGAAGAAAACCACUCUGGGGACAAAAUUUCAAACAGGAGGAACCCCUAUUUUUUAGUGAAGCAGAUGGAGUGCCGCCCCCGAGCCAAGGAGGUGGGGGGCACCCCAACAAUUGUAUGCUGGCCGGUGCCCAGGACCUGGGUCCACGAAGACCCCGCCUGGCCUCAAGCUCUGCUGCUGAAGUCCUCUGCUGACCUGAAAUGGAAAACUUCCAGUACAGCAUCCAGUUGAGUGAGCAGGACUGGGCUGAGUUUUCGGCCGCAACGGAGGAGUGUGGCCUCCUGCAGGCCAGCCUGGCCUCUGGGGAUGAGCUCUUGUCCAGUGACAUUGACCAAGGGGACAGCAGUGGCAGCAGUCCUCCUGCGCCUCCACCCCUUCUCGAGGGGCAGCCAGCGUCCAGGGGGAGGGGCUGGCCUGGCUUCAAGGAGGAGGACAAGGCAGCUACCCGGUCGCUGGUCAGCAGGUCUUGGCGUGAGCCUGUCUUGGCCCUGGGGGCUGAUCAGCAGACACCUAGCACGUCCGCACGGUCAGAAGCUUUGCAGUCCCUCAGAUGUGACGCUGCCCCCCUAGGCCAGAGCUUGUCCCUUCUAGGGCCAGUGUCUUCCAGAGACAAGAUGCAGAGGCUUCUGCAGGGGCCAGCCCCCCAGGGCCCUGUCCCUAGUCCACCUGGUGAGCCUCCCCAGAGCUCUGAGUCUCCUGGCUGCAGCACAGCUCCCCAGAGGCCCCCUGGAACCCCGCCACGCAGCCCCAGCCGAAAGAAGAGGCAUGCUGCUGGAGCCAAGGGGGGUGGGUGCUUGCGUACCCCAGGCUCUGCUCCCACCCAGCAGGGUUCCCUGCUGCUUGUUGAGGUCAGGCCCAAGGAGGGCCUUGGCCUGGCUGGGUCCAGGGGGAAGGGUCUCUCAGCUGGCACAGCAGAGCAGACAGCAGGAACCGGGCAGGAUGAACUGUGUCCAGAGUCUGCAGGAGCCCCUGCACAGGUAACCAGGCAAGGAACAGAUCCGGAUCUGUCUACACCUGUCCCUAUGACCGAGGAAGGUACAAACCUACUCAGCAUGACCCCCGGAGCUGAGCUACACACUGUGUCCACACCUGCCCAGGAGACUCAUCCAGAUAUCUCAAUGGCUAAGUCAGAUGCAGCUCUGUCUACACCUGCCUCCAAGCUUCAACCUGACACACCUCUGUCUACACCUGCCUCCAAGUCUAGGCUGGACACGGACCUGCCUAUGCUAGGCCCAGUGGCUAAGCAGGAGGUGGAUUUAUCUACACUUGUUCCGCCUCACCUUGUUUCCAAGGCCCAAUCUGACGUGGAUGUGUCAACACCUGCUCCCAUUCCCCAGGCGGGGCCUGACGUGGUGAAGGUGGAGGUUGCCCCAACGGCCAAGCCAUGUUUGAGCCCUGUUGUGUCUCCAGGAGGACACCGAGAGAAGCCCAGAGAGGAGCCUUCAGCAGGUGCCGCUGGACAUCCUUCAGGGGAUCCCCCACUAGGCCCUGUCCAAGCACCCAAGAAGAAGAAAGUGCGAUUUUCCAUGGCUGUGCCCAGCCCUGAGGAGCCAGGUUCAGGAGAGACCUCAGGCCCACCCUCACCAGCCACAGCCCGGCCCUCACCCCCCAGGACAGCAGUGGGGGGCCGAGGGGGGCCUGGAGGCUGGGACGCCAUGGCAGUUGGGCCCCGGUCUCCCCAGCCUCGGAUCCUCAAACACCUGCCUCCCCAUUCCCCCUCUGCUUCAGUGGGGCACAGGCCCGGGAGCAGCUUUGCAGUGACCCUCCCAGAGGCCUAUGAGUUCUUUUUUUGUGACACUAUUGAGGAGGAAGAUGAAGAUGCUGAGGAGGUGGCAGAAGCUGACCAGGCUCUGGCCGAAGUACAGUGGCCAGACAUGUGUGAAUUCUUCUUCCAGGACCGUCGAGCCCAGAGGUCUGGGCCCUGGGGGGGCCACUCUGUGGCCCAACCCCCACAGGCUGACCCUGUGCCAACCCUUCCACCUGGAGACCCUGUGCCCAUCUCCAUCCCCGAGGCCUAUGAACACUUCCUUGGGGAGGACUCGUCGGGGGGCAUGCUGGAGCUGGCUGCCCUUCUCCAGCUGCAGGCCACAGAGCCCCCCGGCUUGGCCCCCUGGGGCAUGGGGCCUGGUACCCCACCAGAGCCUACCCCAGACACAGCCGAGCAGUGCAGUUGGGCAGUCAGGCAAGCAGGGGAGCCCCGAGAUCCUCUCACCUCAUUGACCUUCAGCCAGGAUGACAUGUGCCUGGUGUUUGUGGCCUUUGCCACCUGGGCUAUGAGAACAUCAGACCUGCAUACCCCAGAUGCCUGGAAAACAGUGUUGUUGGCCAGCAUCGGUACCAUCUCUGCCAUCCACUGCUUCCGCCGGCAGGCGGGGCAGGGACGCCCCAGCCGCAGCCGCAGCCGCAGCCGCAGCCCCAGCCCCAGCCGCAGCCCCAGCUCUUAGAACCCAGGCUUGGUCCAGGAAGACACAGGACAAAGAAAUGGCCACAGGUGCUGAGGACGAGGUGCUGCCCUCAGGUCUGGCCCUUUGACCCCUGUGUUCUAUGGUGUCUGGGAAGGAGCCAGUGUUCUUGGUCCUGCUCCUUGGAUUCCACCCAAAGGUCUAACCACUGGCUAAGGCCAAGACUGUGCUUCACACCUGGGAGGAGGGAGAUUCUGGAAGGUGGAUGGGUAGAUGCUGAGCAAGGAGCUGGUUAGUAAGGUGGCCAGAUCAGCUAAUAAAAACAUAGGGUGCCAGUGAAAGUUGAAUUUCAGACAUGCAGUAUUUGAGAUGUACUUAUACUAAAUUCUGUGUGGUUUAUCUGAAAUCAAAUUUAACUGGGUGUCCUAUAUUUUAUUGGGUUAUCUAGUUACAGGGGAGAGGCAGGAUAAGGCUCUGGAACCUAGAAGGUGUCAGAGCAGCAGGAAAGCCCCAGCUGGAAAUCUGGGCAGGGGGCAAGAGUGAGGAGACUAGAUGGCCUUCAGGCUGGAGGGGGGUGUCCCGGGAACUCUCUGCCUUGUUGACAAGUGGGCUGGGGUAGUGAAAGCCUCUGAGGCCUCUGUGACCCUUAAGCCCCAAGGGCCUAUGGCCAAGGCCUCCUUGGCUCCUGCCUCAGUGAGCAGGUGCCUGCAGGGUGGGGGUCUGUAGGGCAGAAGCUGGAGCCCCUCCUCUGGGGAACCCUGGAUGAGGUGCAGAGGUGGAAUAUGGUGGUGGCACAUAAAGGGACUGGACAUUUGGGAUUGUCCCAAGGCUUCGAGGAGCCAGAGAUGGGGCAGGAAGGUGGGUGGGAAGCUGGUGGUGGCAGAGCAGUGGAGGCCACCAGGCUCGGUGCCAGGUGGGCACGGGCACAGGGUCCCCAGGAUGCUGAGUGGAAAAUGCAUGGACACACAGCACAAAUAAAAUCUUCUCUUUCUUU